AACAAAAUAAACCACUCUGUCCUAAAAGAUCUGCUCGAGCCCAUCAAAGAGCUGUAUGAGGACGUGAGGAGGAAGGCUUUAAUGAGACUGGAGUAUGAAGGACUGCACAAGAGUGAAGCCAUCACAAUGUCUGGAGCUCGAUUCUACAACAACCCAGCUGGAUUUGCCAUGAACAGAUAUGCUUACUACGUCUGCUUCAAGUGCAAAAAGGCCUAUUUUGGGGGAGAAGCUCGCUGUGAUGCCGAGGCAGGACAAGGCGACGAUUAUGAUCCCCGUGAGCUCAUCUGUGGUGCGUGCUCGGAUGUGUCCAGAGCACAG